CUCUAAAGAAUAAAGGAACCGAGACUUGAGCUGGUUUCUGGGGAGCUGUGAUGACACCAGGUGACUUCUUGGAUAUUCUGGAGGAGUUAAGAGAAAAGGAGUUUGACGACUUUAAGUGGUUCCUGCAGCAGGAUGGCUUCCUGGAAGGCCUCCCAUCAAUCAAAGCAUGUCAGUUGGAAAAAGCAGAAAGGCAGGACACUGUGAGUCUGAUGGUGCAGACCUACAGACUUCCUGGAGCUGUGGAGGUGACCAGAAAGGUUUUAGAAAGAAUCAGCAGGAAUGACUUGUUGCUGAGUUUGUCUUCUCUCUCUCAGACCUGCACUCCUCUUCCUCAGGCUGAAGGUAAAACUGGAGUAUCAGAUGUGAUGGUUCCAGUACCAGAGCCACAUCCCAUCAUGUUUUACCAGCAGAUGCUUCAGUCAAACUUCCAGGACAAAUUUAUGUGUGCACAAGAAGGGUGGGCAGAAGAUAAACAAUGCCUGGCUGAUAUCUACACAGAGCUGUACAUCACAGCUGGGUAUGACAUACAUAUCAACAUACAACAUGAGGUCAGACAGAUUGAAAAAGUAUGGAAGCCAGGAGAAUCAGAGAAACCUGUUCAACCCAGAGAUAUAUUCAAACAUCCUUCUGGAGAGUACAGACCCAUCAAAACAGUGCUGACCAAUGGAAUUGCAGGAAUUGGGAAAACCUUCCUUGUUCACAAGUUUGUGUUGGACUGGGCCGAACAAAGAUCCAACCAAGAUGUGCAUCUGAUUUUCCCGUUCACCUUCCGUCAGCUGAAUCCACUGAAGGGAGAAAAGUUCAGUUUGGCAGAGCUCAUUCAUGAAUGUAUCCCAGAAACUGUAGGCAUCACAGAGGAGGCUCUUAAUUACAUCUUUACAGCUGUGGAGUCAUCAGGUAACACCAACUAUGACAAGAGCAAAUUCAAACUUCUGUUUGUGUUUGAUGGACUGGAUGAGAGCCGUCUUCAUCUCGACCUUCAUGCUGACGACAUUCGCUCUGCUGAUGUAACAAAGCCAACUAAAACAGAUGUCCUGCUGAGGAAACUCAUCAGUGGAAAACUGCUACGCCCUGCUCGCAUCUGGAUAACCACACGGCCUGCAGCAGCCAGUCAGAUCCCUCGAGAGUUUGUCAACAGCACAACAGAAGUCAGAGGGUUCACUGACCCACAGAAAGAGGAGUACUUCAGGAAGAGAUUCAAGUGUAAGGAGCAAGCUGACAAACUCAUCUCCCACAUGAAGGCAUCACAAAGUCUCCUUAUCAUGUGCCACAUCCCAGUCUUCUGCUGGAUCACUGCUACAGUUCUGGAGGAUGUGCUGAAAACCAGAGAGAGUGGAGAGCUGCCCAAGACCCUCACUGAGAUGUACACAGAGUUCCUGGUGUUUCAUAUUGAUCAGACAAAAGAGAAGUAUGGCCCAGAGAAGAGCAUUCAAUACAUUAAGUCAUUAGCAAAACUGGCUUUUCAUCAGCUGGAAAAGGGCAACCUGAUCUUCUACAAGAAAGAUCUGAGUGAGAGCAACAUCGAUUUCAAUGAAGCCUCAGUGUGCUCAGGAGUGUUCACAGAGAUCUUCAAAGAAGAGCGAGGAAGGAAAGGAAAGGACAAAAUGUUCAGCUUUGUCCAUCUGAGUGUUCAGGAGUUUCUGGCUGCUCUUUAUGUGAGGAUGUCAUUUAUUAACAGCAACAAAAAUGUGAUGCCUUCACCACCAAUGUCACUGAAAAAGCUUGGACUGCUUUUCGACAGAACAUCUUCAAAGAAGAUCCACAGGAUCUCCAUUGACAGGGCCUUACAGAGUCCAAAUGGACACCUGGAUAUGUUUCUUCGCUUCCUCCUGGGUCUUUCAGUGCAGACCAACCAGGAAAAACUACAGGACCUGCUGAUAAAACCAGACAGUAGCCCAGAGACCAAUCAGGAAACAAUCCAGUACAUCAAAGAAAAGCUCAGUGAAAAUCUGUUUCCAGAAAGAAGCAUCAAUCUGCUCCACUGUCUGAAUGAACUGAAUGAUUAUUCUCUAGUGGAAGAGAUCCAACAGUACCUGAGAUCAGGAAGUCUCUCCACAUAUGAACUAUCUCCUGCUCAGUGGUCAGCUUUGGUCUUCAUCUUACUUUCAUCAGAAAAAGAUCUGGAUGUUUUUGAGCUGAAGAAAUACUCUGCUUCUGCUUCAGAGGAAGCUUUUUUGAGGCUUUUGCCAGUGGUCAGAGCCUCCACCAAAGCUAUAUUGAGUGGCUGUAAUCUGUCAGAGAGAAGCUGUGAAACUCUGUCUUCAGUUCUCAGCUCCCAGUCCUCCAGGCUGAGAGAGCUGGACCUGAGUAACAACAACCUGCAGGAGGUAGGCAUGAUGUUGUUCUCUGCUGUACUGGAGAGCCCUCACUGUACACUACACAGCCUCAGGUUGACUCAAACCAGCCUCACAGAAAAAUGCUGUCAAACACUCUCAGCACUUCUCAGCUCCCAGUUCUCCAGUCUGAGAGAGCUGGACCUGAGUAACAACAACCUGCAGGAUUCAGGCGUGAAGCUACUCUUUGCUGAAAUGGAACGUCAUCGCUGUACCCUACAGGUUCUCAGGUUGAAUCAAACUAGUCUUACAGAGAAUUGCUGUCACAAGUUGUCAUUAGUUCUCAGCUCCCAGUCCUCGAGUCUGAGAGAACUGGACCUGAGUAACAAUGACCUGCAGGAUUCAGGAGUGAAGCUGCUCUCUGCCGGACUUAGCAAUCCUGACUGUACAUUGGAGACUCUCAGGCUGUCAGGCUGCCAGAUCUCAGCAGAAGGCUGUACUUCUCUCGCCUCAGCUCUGAACUCCAACCCUUCCCAUCUGAGAAAGCUGGACUUGAGUUACAAUCACCCUGGAGAUCCUGGAGAGAAGUUGCUUUCUGCUGGAUUGGAGGAUCCACACUGGAGACUUGAAACCCUCUGGCUGGAUCACGGUGGAGAGCAGAGGCUUAAACCUGGUCUAAAGAAGUAUUUCUGCGAACUCAUACCAGAUACAAACACCGCACACAGAAACCUCAAACUGUCUAAUAGCAACAGGAUGGUCACUCGUGUGGUGGAACAGCAGCCAUAUCCUUAUCACCUAGAGAGGUUUCACUCCUUUGUACAAAUGCUGUGUACAAAUGGAACGACUGGUCGCUGUUACUGGGAGGUUGAGUGGGACGGAGUGGUUGACAUAGCCGUGAGUUACAGAGAAAACAGAAACAAUUAUGAAAGGGUUCGGUUUGGAGAUAAUACACACUCAUGGAGUCUGAGGUGCUCUGAUGUUGGGUACUAUGUGCUGCACAAUAAUAGAGGAGCCCGUGUCUCCUCCUCCACUGUCCCUGAUAGAGUAGCAGUUUAUGUGGACUGGCCUGCUGGCACUCUGUCCUUCUACAGAGUCUCCUCUGACUCGCUGAUCCACCUCCACACCUUCAACACCACCUUCACUGACCUUCUUUACCCAGGAUUCUGGUUGUCCCAUCAUUCCUCGGUGUCUCUGCUGAAGAUUGAUACACAUCAGGCGUGAACAAGGCCCUUCUGUGGGGAGUUUGAAUGUUCGUCUGUCCUCUGGUAGUUCAAAUUCCUCCUAAUCAUGCCUGGGUACUUCUCCUGUGACGCUGACUGAAGCAGUGGCUUGCAGCAGACAUUGGGUGACACAUGGUAGCGCUGCACUAAAUGUAAUUGUUGUGAUGGGUUCAAUAAAGAGUGCGUUUCCCUGUGGGAAUAUUACGCUCACAACCUGCAAAACAUUUCACAUUCUAUAGCAAACAUUUUUAUUUCAUGUAUCAUAUAAAAAAAACAACCACUCGGCAUAUUAAUAUACUGUGUUUUAUGGUUUUGAGAUUGAGUUUAUAAGUUUUUUAAAAGCACUUAAACGUACAAAAACAAUAUCCAGGUUUCAACUAUGAAUUACAGCUUAAGUUUUUCAUGCAGCUA